AGGUGUGGACGGGUCACCGGGCGGCUCCCACUUCGCGUUGCUGGUCUUGUUCCUGGCGGCGCGAUGGGCCAGCAAGCUGACAGCACCAUUGAAGAAGCUGCCGCCCUUGUUGCCAAUGCUCAUCAUGGGCUUUCUUUUGAGAAACUUGCCAGUGGUCGGUGAGCAGAUUGGGAGCCAGGUGGAUCCUGCAUGGUCAUCCGCACUCAGGCUCGGUGCCCUGACCCUGAUUCUGACGCGUGCGGGCCUGGCGAUGGACCUGGACGCCUUGCGACGCUUGCGCUUCGUGGUCCUCCGUUUGGCGGCCUUGCCGUGUUUGUCGGAAGCGGCCACGGCGGGGCUGCUGGCCAGCUGGCUGCUGGACUUUCCCAUUUGGUGGGCGGCUAUGCUGGGCUUCGUAGUGGCUGCCAUCAGUCCUGCAGUGGUGGUGCCGUCCUUGCUGCAGUUGCAGGAGCAAGGCUAUGGCGUCACAGCAGGGAUCCCCACGAUGGUCGUGGCUGCUGCUCCCUUGGAUGACGUCCUGUCAAUCGCAGGCUUUGGCAUUUGCCUCGGCUCAAACUUUGCGGAGACCAGUUGGCUGAGCUACGCGCGUGCACCACUGGAGCUGGUUUUGGGGCUUGGCACUGGGCUGAUUGGGUCAGCGUUGUUGGUGGUCUUGACGCCCAGCUCUGAUGAGGAGGCUUUUGAGCUUCGGCUCCUUUUGCUCCUGGGAGCAGGCUUGGCCACGGCCUUCGGGCUACGUGAGGUGGGCUUCUCCGGUGCCUCAGCGUUGGCAGUGCUGGUGCUGGGCGCCGGAUGUGCCAGAGGCUGGGGUGCUGCCGCCAAGCCGGUCUCUUCCAGCAUCGCCGACCUUUGGACCAGGCUCGCACAGCCAUUGCUCUUCAGCUUAGUCGGGGCAUCCGUCGUGGUGGAAGCUUUAGAUGCAGAGACGGUGGCAGCUGGGUUGCUGAUCAUUUUCCUGGGUGGCCUGGUGCGUUUCGGCGCCGUGUUUGUGGCUUUGAGUUUCCGUCGUAUGAAGUACCAGGAGAAGUUCUUCACCGCCUUGGCUUGGACCCCGAAGGCGACGGUGCAGGCCGCCAUCGGUGCUUUGGCGCUGGAUGAAGCGACCACGCUCACCGAGCAGCGGUUCGGUCGACAGCUCUUGGCGGUGGCCGUGCUUUGCAUUUUGGUCACUGCUCCUCCCGGCGCAGCGCUGAUCGCCGUCCUUGGGCCUCGACUGUUAGAGAAGGCUAAAGAUCCAGAUUUGGAAGAUGCAGGGCCUGACAAAGCGGAUGAUGCAGUACCUGCAGAGACAAUGCCAGGAGAGCCAGAGAGCAAGUGAUGUUCCAACCUUCGACGUGACCAGAAUGAACUCGGAGCACCAAAGACCAGAGAUGACGGGCCACGUCAUUGGAGAGCUGGCCGUGCAGAAGCUCAGUUUCAGACCGCGAACGGCCAGGAGACGGGUUAGCCUGCGAACGGGCGAGGCCGUGGCAAGGCCCAACAAAGUCCGCCUCCGGCGAAAGGUGAUUUGUGUGGAACAUGCUGUGAAACAUGUAAUUAUACUGUAUACAGCCUCUUAGAUAGCGCCACUAUGCGCCACUGAAGUGUUUUCUGACUCUCAAAUGAGAGGAUUCAAGCAGCGAAACUGAGAAAAA